AUGGACGUUGAACUUGACUCAUUAAUUACACAACUUACAGCUUUUAAAGCCUCGCUAUCUACACAAUGGAAACCCUCUUAUGAAUAUUAUGUAGACAACACAACCCUUCCACGAAAUCAAAGAAUAGCUGCCGCAGAAAACUACAUAAAAUCGUCUUCAUAUAUGGGGUUGUUUGCAGCACAAAUUCAACAAGUUAAAAACAGUCUCAAUCGAUUUAAUAGACUUCUUGACGCCUCAACAUUUAAUGACAAAGACCCCAAAUAUACUACUGUGGUCUAUUUACUCAACAAAUUGUACGACGAGGAAUACAACGAAAGUGUUAGAAACCUUCAGCAAAUGUUAAUGUCACAACGGAUCAAUGGAAUUCAGUACGACCAAAAGAUGAAGGAAAUCAGUGCUUAUUUGUCUUCACGAAAAACAUCCCUUUCAGAUUUGUUUGUUACUAAUAAGCCAAACACAAUGUUUCCAAUAAAUGAUGAGGAAAUUGCUGUACUCGAAGAGUUUACAACACGCAAAAUAAGUUCAGUUUUAUUUGAUAGUGAUAAGGAAGACUGGAGUAAAAACUCGUCCAUUUUCCACGACAAAAUUUACAGAAACAACAUGCUCUGUUUCCUCGUAGAAGAUGACAGAAACAAUAAAUUUGGAGGAGUUAUGUACGACACAGUGAUCGACGGAAAUGGGUGGACGAGAAGUUCCUCUGCUUUUAUUUUUAGUCUUAUUCGAAAAGGUAUUUUAAAACCAAAAAAGUUUGUUAUAAGACAAAGUAGAGGAUUCGAUUUUGAAGAUAGAGAUAUACCUGAAGAAGGGGCUUUUGUUUUGCAUCGACAACAACACGAAUUCUUGUUUGGAUUUGGUGGAGGGUGUGACUUUGAAGUCUCUAAAAAAGGAGAAAAGAGUAGUAGAUGUAUCCCUGGAACGUACAUAGCACAACUUGGCGAUUUAAUGGAUGACAAAUAUUUUAAUACCAAAAGAGUGCUUGUCUUUAAAUUGAAUUAA